GCACUUCCUGUUUGGGAUGCUUGCCUCUAACAAAGAUGGCGGAUGCAUGACAGGUUGCCCCAGAGCCGGGACUCAAGGGGCAGCUUUCUGAGGGCGUGGUGGCUACGAGAUGGAGGCCAGAGAUAAGCAGGUUCUUCGCUCUCUUCGGCUGGAACUGGGUGCUGAAGUCCUGGUGGACGGACUUGUUCUUCAGUAUCUCUACCAGGAAGGAAUCUUGACAGAAAACCAUGUUCAAGAAAUCAGAGCCCAACCCACAGGCCUCAGGAAGACCAUGAUGCUGCUGGAUAUCCUACCUACACGAGGCCCCAAAGCCUUUGACACCUUCCUGGAUUCCCUGCAGGAAUUUCCCUGGGUGAGGGAGAAACUGGAGAAAUCCCGGGAACAAGCCAUCCAAGAGACGCCUACAGGUAGCCAGGCAUCUCCUAUUCCUACCCACAUUCUGAAGAGCUCACCCUCUGACCGGCAGCUUAACCAGCUAGCCAGGAAGCUGGGCCCCGAGUGGGAGCCCGUCGUGCUGUCCCUGGGUCUGUCCCAGAGGGACAUCUACCGCUGCAAGGCCAAUCACCCUUACAACGUGCAGUCACAGAUCGUGGAGGCCUUUGUCCAGUGGAGGCAGAAGAACGGAAGCCAGGCGACCAUCCAGAGCUUACAGAAGGGCCUGGUGGCUGUGGAUGUAGACCCUUCUGUGCUUCAGCAUAUGUUAGAGUAAACCUCCUCUGUCGUCACCACGAAUCCAAUGUGUUGAGCCGUUAGACUUUUCUGCAAGGCAGGUGUCUUAAAAUGUUUUCUUAAUUAUCUAUAGAUGAAAUGGGAUGAGGGUCUCAACUUCACAGCUUACUUUUAAGGCUGAACUUAGGGGAUCAUAGCUGUUUACUGAAAUAUUCAUUUUUUUUAAUUGCAUGAGGCAACGAUUGAUUUUUGACUCAUUGAGAAAUCACUGGGUUGUUUUUUUUUAAUGCCAUAUUCUUGCAACAAAUAUAGACGCUCUGUAUUCCAGACAUACUCUUUAAAUUGGCUGGGAAUGGAACCGUGAUACUUUAUAAUUAUAAUAUUAUCAUUAAUAAGUGUUACUUUCAUCAAUAAAAAAAUGACUUGCAUAACAAGUCCUCCCCCAGAGGUCAUUAUUUAUUUUUUUUCUCCUCCUUAGACUGACGAGGUUAAGUAUGCAAAAUUACCCUAGCUAACGAGGCCUCAAGAGAGAUUGUGUGGUGUAGAGCAUAAAACGAUGGCCUUGGAGUCUGGAAGACCUGGGUUCAAGGCCUGCCAUAUACUGUCUGUGUGACCUUGGGAAGGUCACUAAAAUCUAUCAGUUCCUCCAGGGAAUUCUGUAAGAUUAUAAAUUGCAGAGGACGUACUGGUCUACAUAGGUAGAAAGAGAUCCUGCACUCAAGAAAAUCGCAGAUCCAGUCAAGUGGAGUAGAUAGCAGUUAUUCAAUCAACAAACAUUUAUUAGAUGCCUCCUAUGUGCCAGCUAAACUGUGUGACCUUGGGCAGAUCACCUUCCCUUUCUCACCCCAGUUUCUUCAUCUGUAAAAUGAAUGGGUUGGACUUGUCAGGUCUAAGGUCCCUUCUAGCUUUACAUCUAUGAUCCUAUGAGAUAUCAUACUUGGCACCAGAGAUACAAAGGCAAAAAUGGGACAGCCCAGGCCCUCAAGGAAUUUACAUCCUGGAGGGGUAUGGGAGCAAUAGGUAGAAGGUAAGUAAAUACAAACAAGUAUCACAGUGGAUAGAGCCCUGGGUUUGAACUCUGGCACCUCCCAAGUUCAAAUCCUGCCUCAUAUACUUCCUAGCUGAGUGACCCUGGGCAAGUCAGAUGUUUCUGCCUGCCUCAGUUUCCUCAUUUGUAAAAAAAAUAGCAUCUACUUCCCAGGGUUUCCAUGAGGAUUAAAUGAGAUAAUAUUUGUAAAGUGCUUUUCAGAUCUCUAUCAAUGCUAUUAUAACUGUGACAUUGGACCUGUUUUCUGACUGCAGAAGGAAGCCCAGGUGUGGUCUCUAUAUUAGAUGUCGGAGAGUAGGGCUCUCUGCAAAGCCUGGGGUCCAUGGUCAGGUUCUGGCAUGCACUCAUGCCACUGUACAAAGGUUACUCAAUCAAGUGCCCUGCAGUUACUGGUGAGGAACAAAAGGACCAUGGUCUGUUGUUAAAAUGCUAAGCAUUGAGGUUUUGCUUUGCACAGGUGUGGCCAACCCCCACCUUACAUUUAUUAAGUGUUCCUGUCUAGUGUUUGGCCCAUUUGCAAAGCAUCUUCCCAUUUGUUAGUUCACUGGAAGCCUAUGAUGACCCAGUGGGGUAGGCAGAACAGGGAUGGAUGUCUCUGUCUCCAUCUUACAGAAACUGAGGCUUAGAUAUAGUGACUUAACCAAGGUCACAUGGCUAAGACUUGGCAGAGCUGGCCCUAUACCCCAAGUCUUUGGGCUCCUAAUCCAGUGUGGUUUCCUACCAUCAAUGCUUCUCUCAUAUACUAAUCAAAUUUUAAAAAUAGUGUAUGGUAUGAGCAGUGACUUCAGUCAUCUAUUCCAUUUAUUAAAACCUACUUUAUACCAGGCACUAUGCUAGGCACCGGCAACACAAAGACCAAACCCGAAGAGUACUCGCCCUUGAGGAGCUCACGUUUAACUAAUCUAAAGAAGGCUGCAAUAGGAGGGACUAUGUUUCAGCCUCAUUUGUUGUUAGGUUUGAAAAUGUGUCCUCAUCAGGAUUUGCUUGGGCCUGAUCUCCUUGAGAGAGGAAGAGAUAGAAGUUGCAGUAACAAUUAGGUAUCACAUGUACCUUCCUGAAAAUUGGGGACAAUAUCAUUCCUGGCCCCAACAGCAAUUGAAAUCAUCUGAGGAGAUAAAUGUUAUUUCUCUGCCUUUCGAUGGUAAACAUCCUGAGGCCAGGGAUGAUCCUUUCUGCCUUCUCUGAAGGAAGAUGGGCUGUAGUAUGUGUGUGUGUGUGUGUGUGUGUGUGUGUGUGUGUGUGUGUGUUCAGAAGAGGCUAACUUCUAACGCUAUUCUUCAGAAGGCUGAAAGGACACCAUUUAAUAAAAGGAAAACCAGAUCUAGGGCCGUGGUGAGAUUCCUUAAUUAAAAAGGGAUUGUUCACAAUGACAGGUUCACUAGCUCACCUUCUUCUCAGUUCUCUCUUCUUUUCAGUUGUGUAGAGCUGGCCUCUAAUCCAGGAUGUGCCACAGCUCUCAUUGGUAUGGUUGUGUCCUCCUGUCAUCUUGUCCUCCUUCUACUGAGUCUCAAAUAAAUUGUUCCCAUUCACUCGAA